CUCCUGUUUAAGAAGGUAGUUCCUCAUCACUGUCUGGGCUCUGUGUGGUCUCAGAGGGACAAGAAGCAGAACAAGCACGUGGCUUCCAGCGUGCGCGCCACCAUCACGCAGUUCAACGGCGUAGCGGCGUGCGUGGUGAGCACGGUUCUCUCCCAGCGCCCCCUGCGACCCCACCUCCGCGCUCGCAUCAUCCAGCGCUGGGUGGACAUCGCUCAGGAGUGUCGUAUCUUUAAGAACUUCUCGUCUCUGCAUGCCAUCGUCUCAGCGCUGCAGUCCAACCCCCUGUACCGCCUCAAGAGGGCCUGGGCCUGUGUGCACAAAGACAGCAUGCAGACGUUUGAGGAGCUGUCAGGCAUCUUCUCAGACCACAACAACUAUCUGACGAGUCGAGAGCUGCUCAUGAGGGAGGGCACCUCUAAGUUCGCCAGUCUGGACAGCGGGGCCAAGGAGCACCACAAGCGCACCCACAAGAGACUACAGCUUCAGAAGGACAUGGGGGCCAUGCAGGGAACCAUCCCCUACCUGGGGACAUUCUUGACAGACCUCACCAUGCUGGACACCGCCCUGCCUGACCUGGUGGAGGGAGGCCUCAUCAACUUUGAGAAGAGACGUAGAGAGUUUGAGGUGAUUGCCCAGAUCAAGCUGCUGCAGUCAGCCUGCAACAGCUACUGCCUGGCCCCAGACCCCGCCUUCUUACACUGGUUCAGGAACCAGCCCCAGUACAGCGAAGAGGAGAGCUAUGCCCUGUCGUGUGACAUCGAAGGGCUGGGAGACAGCAGCCCUUCCUCCCCCAAACCUCCCAAGAGCAUGGUGAAGAGACUGAGUCUCUUGUUCCUAGGAGCAGACUCCUGCAGCCCGCUCAGGGAGGCCCGCUCGCCCCCUGCUGGCAGCUCAGGGGAGAGCAUGGACUCAGUCAGCCUGUCUUCCAGUGACUCCAGCCCCUCGGACGGAGACACACACAACGCGGACGCCCUCACACACACCCCGGAUGCUCCGCGCAGCAAGCUUUCAGAGUCCUUCUCCUGCAACUCCCUCCAUUCCAUGGACACCACCUCCUCCUCGUCUGCCGCCCCUGCCUCCCCCUCCCUCACCCCUCUCUCCCCCGCUUCCCCCUCCCUCCCCGCCUCCCCCUCCCUCCCCCCCUGCAGCCACCGGCGCUCCAUGUCCCUCACCCCUCUCUCCCCUGCCUCCCCCUCCCUCCCCCCGGCCUACAACACCCAGGCACAGGACGCCUGUGUCAUCAGGGUGAGCCUGCCGCACGGCAACGGCAACCUCUACAAGAGCAUCCUGCUGACCAGUCAGGAUAAGACUCCAGCUGUGGUUGCCAGGGCGAUAGCCAAGCACAACCUGGAGGUGGAGGCAGAGGAAGGAUACGAGCUGGUCCAGGUCAUAUCUGAGGAGAGAGAGCUGGUGAUCCCAGACAACGCUAACGUGUUCUACGCCAUGAACACGUCUGUUAACUUUGACUUCCUGUUGCGUGGGCGUGGCUCGUCGUCGCGUCCAGUUCAGAUGAGAUGUCGCUCCACCCUCCCCCGUGCCCAGCAGCGCUCCAGCCUAUCACAGCGCCUCAGCAAGGUCACCCUGUGACCAGCCAGCCUAUCACAGCGCCUCAGCAAGGUCACCCUGUGACCAGCCAGCCUAUCACAGCGCCUCAGCAAGGUCACCCUGUGACCAGCCAGCCUAUCACAGCGCCUCAGCAAGGUCACCCUGUGACCAGCCAGCCUAUCACAGCGCCUCAGCAAGGUCACCCUGUGACCAGCCAGCCUAUCACAGCGCCUC